GGUUGCAAAGGAUGUCAUUUCGUCGCAGGGCACCAGCAGCCAAGACGCUAUCGCCGGCACAGCAGCUUGGGAAGCUCUGCAGCAGCUUUGCGGGAAACUCAGCCUUUCAAAGUCAUAACGCGAUGUCUCUACUGGCACAGCUGCACAAGAACAACAAGACGCAGUAUGAUCAGUUUGUGAAAAAUGCAACGGUGCAGCACUUUAUUCCAAAAUGGGCGAUUGAGUUAUCGGGCGAGGCAGUAACUGCCACGAAGUAUAAUCUGCCCCUGCCGUCUCAUUUUAUAAGCCCGGAAGACACAACGGACGAUUUCGAGCCGCGCAUCUUUUACUUGGAAAAAGACGUCGCAGAAGUGCUGGACAACUCAACGAAGAAACCAAACCACCCUCGAUGUGGCCACAGCGGGCUUUUUUUUGCCCGCGAGGAAGUCGUAGAUAACCUGCAAGCUGCGUCAGCGGAGCUGGGCUUCUCGUCACCUUUCUGGAUUCACAAGGACCACCCUGGUUUGAAAUCAGGCUAUUUGCAAAUGAAGGACGGUAGCGAAUCGAUUGUGAUCAGCUUAUCGGCGAGCGUUAUUGGACUUGGCGAUGUGGAGGCUAUUGAAGAGCACAAGCUGCAUCCGUCUCUGCGAGGAAUUCUCAGUCGAACUACGUCAUCAGCAGGCGAACUGGCGAUUCCUGAAAGCGUUCCGCUCGGCAUGAACGCGCUAACUGGGGCGUUUACACGUAAUCCUUUUGUUUGCAAACUGCCCAACCGAGGACUGUGGCUUUCACAAGAUCAACUACUGCAUCACAACAUCAAACUGUCGCGGCGAAUAAAACAAGCCGCUGGUGCGUUUUCGCUUGUUGAGAUCGAUCAGUGGGAGCUGUUUAAUGCGGAUCAGCUUCAGGUUCCUGGCCGACUAGGGCUGCGCAAAAGUCUUGAUCUGAGACCACAACAAGGCGUCUUCGAACCUGUAUGA